AUGGAGCACGGUCCAAUGGGCGAGAACUUCACACCGCAUGCACCAAUGAAGGCUGCAAAUGUCACCACAAAUAGCAGCUCGAGGUCUCUUUUAUACUGUUCAUUAGUUGUCCUUGUUCUUUUAUUCAGGGAAGGUUACAUCCAGACAAGUCAGAUGGUUCCGGCUCAGACCUUGCUUCAACCACUUCAACAACAGUUGAUUGUCGAUCCAAAUGGUACUGCAGCGGGUCAACAACCGACCUUCGCCUUUCAAGCAAGUGAUGGUAGCCUAAUUCCAGUUCAACUUGCUGCUUCACCAAACGGUGGACCUCUCAUUAUGCUGAUGCCGACUCAAACUACCGGUCAGGGUGGUCAGCCUGUCUACACCACACAGGCUAUUACGACUGGUGCUGCGCCCGCUACCGGAACAAUUGAUGCCUCUGGGCAAGCGACUGUUCUUGGGUCCACUGUGGAGGACGAGAAUAACCAAGCCGCGGCCCUGCAACAACAACAGACUCAACAAUCGGCCGGACAGGUACAAUUGGUGCACCAGCAGACCGUGACCGCUACUCAGGCAGCGAGUCAGCUGAUGCAGCAGACAGCAGCCCAGCAGAGCAGUGCUUCCAUGGCUGGUGUAGGUCAGGAGGAGCCUCUUUACGUGAAUGCAAAGCAGUACAACCGGAUCUUAAAAAGAAGGCAGGCUCGUGGCAAGCUGGAAGCUCAGGGUCGUAUUCCAAAGGAGCGUAGGAAGUAUCUUCACGAGUCCCGUCACCAGCAUGCAAUAAAGCGGGUUCGUAAUGCUGGGGGUCGAUUCUACUCGGCACCGACUAAGCUGUUUGUUUCUACUCACCACACAGAUCCCUCGUGCCGCAUCGCUCUUGUUGUUGUCAGAUAUGUCAUAGAAAAUUCAAUUGAACCGUUACGAUAUUCUGUGCCUGUAUAG